CGUAUCAAGGUAUUUCUGUUUUCAAUGACGCAGAAUACCAGCUUGAAAUUUGAAAGAGUAAUUAUGGCUUUCAUAUUUUACACUAUUGAAGGGCUUUCUUAUUGGCGGAAUAGUUUCGAUGUUAUUUGUGCUGUGGCUAUCCCUUGGAUUGAACUUCUUCACGUCUGCACCCAGUCAGCCCUGGUUACCACCUAAUCCGACGGACAAGUGUUCUAUGGACACGACAACCUUCGAAAAUUCUACUGGUUUGGUUAAUACGUCUAUGUUUAUAAAUUCAUCAUUCACACAAAGUGACCUAUCUGUUCGUAUUGACACAUACCGAAAGGAAAUGGAUAAUUUCAAGGCAAAUCCUCCACAAGGCCUGGACAAACUGUAUUCUGUCUCGUUUCGCUGGUUUGGAGCCAUAGGUGUUAUGAUGACUGUUGUUGUGGGAGCCAUUGUAAGUUAUCUUACAGAUCAUCCGUCAACGGACGAAGUGGAUGUGAGAUACAGCUUACCUCUUGGAGACCAACUGUUUCCAUAUCUACCAAAGAAAGCUCGUCGAUAUCUGGAUUUUGGGGUCGAUUUUGGAAAGAGGAAAAGAUGGCUGGAACAGCAGGAUGUGGAAACAAUGAGGCCUACAGAUUUGCUUGGAGAAUUAAGUAUCGAGUUGGAUGAGGACAACGACAGCGCAAUGAUGUCAUCCCAAAAAUUAGCAAACGCUCAACCAUCAGAUGUCACCGAGAUUGAUUCUAAUUCGGACAGAAUACCAAACAAAGGAGAAUAUUAAAGUAGAACUUACUGUUUAUUUACUUAUUAUGUGACACUGAUACAAUACAUAUUACACAUAGCAGAUUGGAUAUAUCAUUAAAACAUGUUGAAAUACAUUAUCCUAUGGUUUCUGUAAGUUUAUAAAUUGCAAGGUUACAGUAGCCUGGUUACGAAUAAGUUCGCUAUUAUUAACGGAAAACCUUAAACUAUUUAACGUUAUAAAGUGUCAUGUAGGCACUUGUGUGUGU